AGGCUCAUUAUCCCGCAACAGCUGCUGGGGUCAAUGGUGACCUGGUGUCAAAUGGUUGUCACCGUGUUCUCAAAUUUAUACAGGCCAACUGAAUGCAGUGAUGAAGCUCUGAGGAUCCAGUGACUGGCGGCACUCCUGUCAGUGCCGUGUCUCAAUUUGGAGGGUCUUACAGAGACGAUGUUAAUUUACGGGUACUGCUGGCUGUGCCCAAAUGCCAGGGGUGCUGUACAUGGCUGACCUACUUUACUAUUGCCCUGUCCACAUGCAUGCUGACUGCAGUGCUGCUAGGACCUGGACUACCCAGUGGAACUCAUUAGCCGCUGCGUAACUACAAGGAGAUAUCCCAAUGUGAAAUACCGAAGCAGCGGAAGGUCAUUUAUAUUUAGUGAAAAAUAUUGUGAGGUGUGCAUUUUGACAUUUUAAAGAUGAUACCAUAGGCACUAAUUAUUUUAUUUUCUGCAGAGAAUAAAUCUGGAGAUGCUUCAAGAUUUGAGCUCUCUGGGAUGUCGCUCCACGUUAAAUCUGAUGAGUCAUGCCAUAAUGGAGUAUGACAUCCUCUAAGCUACUUCAUCCAGUGACUUAGUGUGAGGGGCAGUGAUUCAGCCCCAGUAAGGUAGGGAAGGGGCAUGGCGGGUUGUCCACGCCUGAGCUUACCGGGGCUGUUUGUGCUCCUAAUCGCUGCAUCCCUAACACAUGGCCAAAGCUGCCCACAGAGCUGUGACUGUAUCCCUCAUCAGAGAGCCGUGAUGUGCCAGAACAAGCGUCUGGGCUCUAUUCCUGGAGGCAUCCCGACUGACACAUGGCUGCUGGAUCUGAGCGGCAACAGUUUGCGCUGGGUGGAAUACAAUGACUUGGCGACUCUCUCGAGACUUGAGGAACUAGACUUGAGCGAGAAUCUCAUCAGCGUGUUGGAGCCUAAUGCCUUCUCCAGCUUGCUUAACCUGAGAGUAUUGCGUAUGCGAUCCAACCAGCUUAAACUCGUGCCCAUGGGUGCCUUUUCACGUCUCACCAACCUCACCACUCUGGACCUAAGUGGGAAUAAACUGGUUAUCCUGUUGGACUUCACCUUCCAGGACUUGAAGAACCUCCGCAAUUUGGAGGUUGGUGAUAAUGACCUGGUGUACAUUUCAAACAAGGCUUUCCUAGGACUGGUGGGGCUCCGGGAGCUAACCAUCGAGAGGUGCAAUCUGACCUCUAUAACUGGACAGUCUCUUUCCUACCUUCGCGGCUUGGUGACUCUUCGAUUACGCUACCUCAGUAUCGCUUUGUUGGAAGAGCAGAACUUUCAUAAACUUGGUGGACUGCGGGGUCUUGAGAUUGACCUCCACGUGAAGCGCGCGGCGUGUAAACGCCCACAUCAUAGUGUGAGGGGCAGUGAUUCAGCCCCAGUAAGGUAG